GUGCCGUGAUCUCCCAUGCUCUGCUAUGUUCUGUGCCAUGCUGUGCCAUGAUCUCCCAUGCUCUGCUAUGUUCUGUGCCAUGCUGUGCCGUGCCGUGAUCUCCCAUGCUCUGCUAUGUUGUGCCGUGCCGAGCUGUGUCACACUGUGCCCCACACCAUUCCCUACCCCACAACCGUUGCCUGUGCUCCUCUCAAAUCCUCUCCCUGCAGGAGCACGGCCUGGAUUUCCAGCGGCUCCUGGAUGCCAGUGCCUACAAGGAGCAGUACCGGCAGGACAUGAUCCGUUGGGGCGAGGAGAAGCGCCGCGCCGAUCCCGGAUUUUUCUGCCGCACCGCGGUGCGGGGUGCAGCACAGCCGGUGUGGGUGGUGAGUGACACGCGGCGCCUCUCGGAUGUGGAGUGGUUCCGGGAUGCCUACGGGGACGCGGUGCUGACCGUGCGUGUGACGGCCACCGAGGAGACGAGGAGGAGGAGGAGUUGGGUCUUCGUGGCGGGGGUGGACGACGCUGAGUCUGAGUGCGGCCUGGACCAGGGGGUGACCUUCGAUUGGGUGAUCACCAACGAUGGGGACGGGGCAGCCCUGGGUGCACAGCUGGAGGCACUGCUGCAGGACGUCCGCAGCCGCCUGUAGCCACGGGAUGGGGAUGGAAAUGGUGUUGGGACUUCAUCCAUCCCGGGGGCUUCACCCUUUGUGGGGUCUCAUGGUGCUAGAGAAGGUGGAGACCCCCCCCUCCCAAGAACUUCCAUCUGCAGGCACACAUCCUUCACGUGCCUUCCUGCAGGAGUGGGGCUUGCUGCUGCUCAGGGACCCUCAACCACAGCAUGGGAACAGUGCCCCGU